GACGCUGGUUAAAAAGCAUCGAGGUGGUGCUAGAGACAAACAUCGCAAACGCGGCACCAUAGCAGGCGGAUCAAAAAAAAAAAAAACAAAACCUCCCUUUCUCAAAAGAAAAAGCACAGGAACCCUGCCCCAGAUCUGAGCUUCUCUGUAUUGCCGCCAGCUACUAUUUGCAGAAGGAACCCCCGAGUGGUUCUGCAUUCUGCUCUGCUCGUCUGCGUUGGGAUUAAAGAGCCCGCUAUGUCCAGCGUGCAGCAACUUUUCGGCGGCAGUGUGGAGAGGAUGGCGGCUAGAAGGAGCUUUCCUCACCACGCCACCACCGCCGUGUGUAGGAGCCUCUUCGGACCCAUUGACCACGAGGAGCUGCGACGGGAGGCCAAGAACAAGCUGCGGGAGAUCAGCGAACAGGCCCAACAGAAGUGGAAUUUCAACUUCGCCACGGACACCCCGCUGGAAGGUGGCGAGUACCAGUGGGAGGAAGGCAGCGACGUGCCCGUCUUCUACCGGGAAAUCAUCCAGAGGGGGAAGGUCCGUCUGCAGUGUCCGGCUCUCGAGUCCUGCAACUCUGAUAGCGAGAGCUGUGCUCCCGCCGGCCUGGACUCCCCCGACAUCGUCCAGCGGUUAUCGGGGCUGGAAAACGGAGAGACCAACCAAGAAAACCGAUCGGAUAACUUGCACUCAGGAAUUAAAACGGGCAGAGUGGCGUGCGCUCGGAAAAAGGGCUCAACGGGGCACAUCACAGAUUUUUUCGUCAAACGAAAAAGGACGAUUGGAGACAAAGCUCCCAGUGAGAACGGAUCUCUGCCGGGAGAACAAACUCCACGCAAGAGAAUACGAUAGAGAAAAAAAAAAGAAACGAUAAAAAGGACAACAGAAAUAAAAUUAUUUGCACUCCACGUUUUUUUUUCGGUGCAAUGAAAAGAAGUGGCUGACAGCGACCAUUCGCCAUCCUGACUGUUUUGUUCCCGAAAGGCUGUUCAAAAGAAGACUACACUGACCCGAGUAUCAGGGAUGAAGACUGGCUCUUUCGAUUGUGUUGAUUGCAUACCCAGUACAUGUAGCAACCAGUCCCCACUGGUGGAUGUGCCAUUACCGCCAGUGUUAAGGAGCGAAUCCAGCCAUUCAAAUCUGAACAUUAUGUAUCCACACUGGUCAAGUGUAAUGCUUAACAAUGAAUAUAUUACGGGGAAAAAUAAGUUCUAAAUAGUGCUCUGCUGAUAUCUCUCAGUACAACUCGAGAUGUAUAUUUGUAAAUUACAAAAGCUUAUACUAACUUAUAUUUCAUAUUUAUGUUAAGAAUGGUUCCAUCAGUUCUGGCACCCAAUUAGCUCCCUUUAUGUCGGGACGAAAGGGCACUCUCUUGCUUUAUUUACAAAGUCUGUAAAUAUGUUUUUAUUUUUUUAGUUUGUGUCUUACGUCCACAUCUCGUAUGUAGCCAAAAUGUUUUGUAUACUUGAAGGUUGAGCAUAGGGUUCCAUUUUUUUUGUUUCUGAGCCGUUCAUGUACCACUGCCACAUUUUGUGUUGGUAAAGUUUGGAAAGACAAAAAAAAAUCACAUUUUUUCAACUGAAUAAAUGAAUACAGUUUAAUUUU